AUGCGCCUCGUAGUGGACUCUGAUGCCGGCGUGGACGACGCCUUGGCCAUCCUCAUGGCGCUGAACGCCUUCCCUGGUGACCAAGUCAUAGGAAUCACCACCGUUUUCGGCAACGUGGACCUGCACCAAGCGAACCACAACGUGGCGCACAUUCUCCAGGCUGCUGGGCGCUCCAAGAUCCCCGUGUACAGUGGAGCAUCCAAACCAAUCGUUGCCAGCGUCUCAGAAGAAAAAUGGGCGGGACACGGUCCGGAUGGCCUUGGAGGUGAAUCGGGCAAAGCGGAAGCCCCACUGACUGCUGCAAGACGUAAUGAAGCUGUACAUGCUCUCAUCGACUUGGCGCACAAGUACAGCGGAGAGUUGGUGAUUGCCGCUGUGGGUCCACUCACUAACAUCGCACUAGCGAUGCUACUGGACCCGAACUUCAUGACGAACGUAAAGCAGCUGGUUGUCAUGGGAGGCCUGUCACGUGGCGAAGGGAACCACACGCCACACGCAGAGUUUAAUGUGAGCUGUGACCCUGAGGCCACCGACAUUGUUUACCAGCACUGCAGUGCUAAGAAACUGUAUGUCGUGCCGUUCGAGACGUGCUUAGACAAUGCUGUUCCAUGGGAUACAUUCGACAAGAUUUUCCACGAGGAGGUGAACUCCAAUGGCGAAUACGUUAAGAGGAUCUGGAAGUUCACGAGGGAAUUCUGCAAAAACCAAGGAUUUUUCCCGUGCGACGCCUACGCUAUCGCUAUCCUCCUGCAUCCGGAGUACAUCAAGACUGCUCCUGUAUUGAAAGGCCGCAUUCACUUGGCUCCUGAUGAGAGGCGUGGCGCUUGCAUCUGGGAUUAUGACGCUCCCCCAGAGGAAGCGAACGUGACUCUUGUGACUGAGAUUGACAACCGCGUUUUCGUAGACUUGCUACAUCACCUAGCGGCCUAA